GCAGAAUGUUCGCCCGGUUACUGAAAUUCGUCUUGCAGUUGGCCUUGCUGCAGUGCAUUAGCGGACGUUUGUCCCUUGGGUCAAAGUUCUACGGGCAACCAAGUGAAAUAAUUGUAGACAAUGACAAGCCCCGGCUGAAUUCAAAGCUUCAAAAUGCACUUUAUUACAAUAUACCCGUCUAUAAACUUAUCAAUCCGAGCACUGGUAACCCAACAGCGAAAACAACAAUGCCGAUGGUCGUCAACGAGUAUCCCAGUGAUUUGCUCCAUAUUGCCCGGACUAGGCUGGGGCUGAAGCGCAUGGACCAGCUGCCCAGCAUCAGUGAGCUUGGUAAGCUGCUGGGCACUGGCAACGCCGACGAAACCAUAAAAUACGUGCGCUUUCUGGUGUCUAAUGAUCAGGGAAUAGAGCUGAUGAAGACCUACUUGGAAUCGUUCGACUAUGAACAAGCCGCUAACGAUAACACGCCUCGAGAGAAAGAUGACGAAAAUGACAAUUUUACCAACAAUGCUGAUAUAGAUGUUGACUACGAUGAGACAACCUCCAAGCUAAAUAUACCAACAAAAAUGAAAUCGUCAAAUUCGGAAUUGGAGGAGGCUAGUUCAAUGCAGAGGUUUAAUGAAUUUAUGAAACAAUACAGUUCCUGGCCGGGCAGUAGUACAACAGCCAGGCCUUUGUCUUACAAGCGUGUGUUGAUGCCACCUGUUCAGCCAACUCAGCAGAGACAUGGACCAGCUAUGCGUCCCGUACUCGUACGGCAGCCAUUACCUUAUCACUUUCCCAUUCCAUUACGCUCCGCAUUGAUGUCGCAACCCGUGAAGUCUACGUCAGUGUCAACUUUAACCAACAGCGCCACAAAUUCAAAUCGAUCCACACACGAUCUGAAACCGCCGCACCUAAACACACCUAAACACGCAGAGAUGCCAUCAACGGAUCACGUGGCGCCGCACGUGCAGCAACUCGCGCAAAUGGCCAACAUUUCCCCCCAGGUACUGGACCAAUUUCUGCAGCAACAGCCCAAGCUGGCCGAGUUGGCCAAGCGACUUAGUCGACUACCCCUGGUGCAGCAGCACAGCCAAACUAUUGACUCCCAGUUACUUCUGGCCGUAAAAACAGCCCUGUUCCAAGAUGAAAAUCUGAAGAGUUUGCUCGGAGCAUCGCAGACUUUAAAAUAAGCACCUAGCUCCCGUAAUAAUAAAGCAUAAUCUAAAGUAUAUAGUCUGUAGUCUUACUCUAAAUAAAAAAUACAUAUAACCCUAUUUUAAAAC